CUGUCAGGAAAUCAAGGAACGUAUACCAUCAGAGACGCAGAUUUGGACGAUACUGGGACGUACAGAUGUGAAGCCAGCAAUGCGGCAGGAAAAGUAAGCGCCAGUGCAUCGGUCGUGGUCAGAGAAGUGAACAGCGGCCCCAAAAAUUACUUGCAUAACACCAUAUCGCAUAAGGCACCGCAUUUUGCGGUCAUGUACCACGGUGGAGCCCGCAUAUUCGACUCCGAACGGUGCCAGCUUGUGAAAGCCAUUCCAACGUAUUCGUUUGUCGAUAAGCACUCGCAAUUGUGUCCGUCUGACGAGGAUGCCUUGCUUGACAAGCAAAGGCCUAUUACAAGGUAAUG